AUGCUUGGUACUAUUUCAAGAACGAAUCUGAAUACUCGUUUGUCGGGAGUGAUCAGCUCUGUGCAUCCUACAGUAUUGACUAUUCGCCAUGCGUCAUUGAAUUCAGCAAUUGGUCGGGGUAUUCGCAGAUCUCAAACAGUGGACAGAGAUGAUCGUCGCGGCAACGAGUCUCGUUUGCCCCAACGUGAACGACAAUACGAGGACCGGCAAUACGGGGCGCGACAAUACGGAGCGCGACAGUACGAAAGAUCAGAUGAGUCAAACUUCAAUGAUCGCCGGCCUCACGGAUCGCGACAGUACGGGGAGAAAAAAUACGAAAGAUCAGGCGGCUUAGACAAUGCUUCUCGAACAUAUGGCUCCAAAGACCGAUCAUACGGAGAAAGAACUUUUGGGAGAUCCCAAGGUUCUGGUCGUAAAGACUAUGACAGACAAGACUCACCAUGGAAUGACAACAAAUCCCAAUAUCCAAGACAAAGUCGAAAGGAAGAAAAGUUCGAAUUUGAUGCGGAUGAAUUCAUUCGUUCUGGAGAUUUCCGAGGACUUCCUCGUGAACAUCAGUCACGAUUCCAGUCACGAUUCCAAUCGCGGACGCAUGAUAACACAUUCUCCCCAUCAAGACAAGGAGGGCCUUCAAUGGACGAACCACGGGAAAAGGAUUCAUCUAAGUCUCGGGCUCAUCGUAUGACGCACAGUACACCAGAGCGAGUGAAGGAGAACGUCAAAGUUCCCGACACUAUACCUUACACUACACCGGCCUCCGAAUUUGUUUACGGUACCAGCGCUGUGGAGGCGGCGCUGCGUUGCAGCAGACGUCAAAUAUACAAGCUUUAUCUCUACCAAGGAAUGGAUGAAGAGCUUAGUGCAGGAAAGAUCACAAUUCGCAAAUUGGCGUUGUCAAAGAACAUUCCGGUGAAAAUGGCAUUUGCAGGCUGGUCUAGGCUUAUGGACAAGAUGAGUGCUGGGCGACCUCACAAUGGGUGUAUUUUGGAGGCAUCCCCUUUACCCAAAUUGCCCGUGCGUGGCUUGCAGGCUGUUCCAUCUAUCUCCGAAGAAUAUUUCCGGACGGAGCUUGCGCCCCAAACCCGGGAAGAAGCUGCGGUAAAUGGCACCGAUGAUAGGAUCCGGAUCCACCAUCCUUCCCCGCCUCCGCACGAUAGUCAACCGCGCCAUCGAUACCCAGUGGUCUUGCUACUGGAUGGAAUUGUUGAUACCGGUAAUAUGGGCGCAAUCAUUCGCUCAUCCUAUUUUCUGGGGGUCGAUGCCAUUGUCCUAGCUGGUCGCAACUCUGCACCUUUGUCCCCCAUCACGAUCAAGUGUUCGGCUGGUGCGGCGGAGAACAUGCCUCUUCUUCAUGUGACGAACGAAGUUGAUUUCAUUCAAAGAUCUAAACAGAAUGGAUGGCGAUUCUAUGCUGCAGAUGCACCCGGCCCUGGCUCUGUAUACUUGGAUCAGCUCUCAGCGGACGGCGAGCAAGCCGAAGCCAACCUUCCUGUCAUGACCGCACCUAGUGUCUUGAUGAUGGGUAGCGAGGCCUCUGGACUAAGCUCGCACAUCAAAUCGCAUGCCGAUGCGAUUGUCAGUAUUCCAGGCGCCCGCCACAGUCCCAUUCUGGGCGUUGAGUCUGAUCCCGCUCGUAUUGACAGUCUGAAUGUCAGCGUUGCUGCGGCGGUUUUGAUGGAAAAGUUCUUGCGAACUCCACUGGCUGUGGCUGGGGUCGUUAAGAAGGAAAAAAGCAUCGGAAAGGAGAAGAUGUGGUAA